GCCCUUUCCCGCUUCCUUCUUCCCCUUUGACAACCCGCCAUUUUGAAACGUUGUUGAUUUUCUUGUGAGGAAAGCCAGUAACGUCAAUAUCACCCCCUCUUCUUUUAAACGUGCCCUCCUGAAGCAAGUUUUGUUUUGUCGCCCGUCCGGGGGCCGCCUCCGUCGCUGCUGGGCCCGUUUUCUUAGAAGCGCCCCGAAGUAUCCGAGAAAGAAAGCAGCUAUGUCUUCUGUUUCUGAAAAAGAUGAUUUACUUUCUACUGAACAAAAAGAAAAAAGAGAACCACGAACUGAAAACAAAGCUGAAAAUAGUGAGGAUGAUGAAGAGGAAGAAGAAGAGGAAGAGGAAAAAGAAAAGAGCCUCAUUGUUGAAGGAAAGCGAGAGAAGAAGAAAGUAGAAAGAUUGACAAUGCAAGUGUCAUCAUUACAGAAGGAACCUUUUACAAUUACACCAGGAAAGGGUCAAAAACUUUGUGAAAUUGAAAGAAUACAGUACUUUUUAAGUAAGAAGAAAACUGAUGAACUUCGAAAUUUGCACAAACUUCUUUACAACAGGCCAGGCACAGUUACUUCACUGAAAAAAAAUGUAGGACAGUUCAGUGGCUUUCCAUUUGAAAAAGGAAGUGAUCAAUACAAGAAAAAGGAAGAAAUGCUGAAAAAAUACAGAAAUGCAAUGCUAAAAAGCAUAUGUGAAGUUCUUGAUUUGGAAAGAUCAGGAGUUAACAGUGAACUGGUAGCAAGAAUCUUAAAUUUCCUAAUGCAUCCAAAACCUUCAGGCAAGCCAUUGCCAAAAUCCAAGAAAACUCCUAACAAAGGUGGUAAAAAAGAGCGUAAUAGCUCUGGAACAGCACGGAAAGCCAAACGCACCAAAUGUCCUGAAAUCCUAACAGAUGAAUCUAGCAGUGAAGACGAUGAAAAGAAAGGGAAAGAUGAAUCAUCUGAGGAAGAUAAAGAAAGUGAAGAAGAGCCACCUAAAAAAUCAACAAAGAAAGAAAAACCCAAACAAAAAGUAGCUUCAAAAAGCAAAAAGGGUUCAAAAAACGCUUAUGUCAAGAAAGCAGAUAGCAGUACAACCAAGAAGAGUCAGAACUCUUCCAAAAAAGAAAGUGAAUCUGAGAAUAGUUCAGAUGAUGAGCCUUUAAUUAAAAAAUUGAAAAAGCCACCCACAGAUGAAGAUUUGAAAGAAACUGUGAAAAAACUACUUGCUGAUGCAAAUUUGGAGGAAGUUACCAUGAAACAAAUUUGUAAAGAGGUAUAUAAAAGCUAUCCCAGUUAUGACUUAUCUGACAGAAAAGAAUUCAUCAAAAAGACAGUGAAAGAGCUCAUUUCAUGAUCUAAUGGGAAGAAAAUGAAGGCCACGGACUUGUUCUCCUGGAUUUAAAUAUUUUACAAAAACCAGCAAAUUGUAAAAUUUAUUUUGGUAUAACAAUAUUGGUCGGAGAUGACUAUUGGCUUAAUGUUCUGAUGGGAAUUACCAACUUUUUAAAAAUUGAGUUUAAUAUAAUUCCUAAAUUUUGCAUGUUAAUACAUGUCCUCUACUUUUGUUUUGUACAUUAUGAUAUUUCUUUGUAAAAAUAGUCAUAUAGCUAUUAUAGGUUUUAGUGUUUGUAAUGUAGAGAUUUUUUUAAAAGAACAAUAUGAAAACUGUUGUAUUAGUACAUACACAUGCAGAGACUGUUAAAUAAUGCAGUAUUGGGCAUUAAAUUUAUUUUGAAUACACACCCAUUUUCUAUCAGGAGCUAGUCACAUGCCCUGACUAGGACUACUGUUAUGUUUUACUAUCUUGCAUGUGUAUACAACUGAAAGUUGUAAAGCAUGAUCAAUCACGAAUAGAUAUUAUUUUUGUACUUUUAAAGGCUUUUGUAUAUAAGCUUAUUUCAGAUUUCUUUGCUUAAAACCAGGUUAAGAAAGAAAAAUAUGUUUUAGAUUUAUGACCAGUAUCAGUGUUUAUGAAUCAUGUUGUGAUUAAGUAGGAAGUAAGUAUAAUCACCAUACAAAAGAUAGCACAUUUCUUUUUUUGUAAGGAAUUUCUUAAUUGCACUCUAAAGACUUAAUGUGAUACCCCAUAUUGUUAAUUCAUAAAAAAUAGAUUUGAUUUUGAUUUCUAAAAUACUUUUUCCAAGGUGGUGUAUUGACCAUUUAUCUGGUGUCUCUUAAGCAAUGUAGUAUUCUUGCAAUACUAUAUCCUUGUUUUGGAUUCUCAGAAUCUAUACCUUGGGAAAAUACAUAUUUAAAUAUGUAUCUUACAAUUAAUCUUAGGAACUCCUGAAUAUUAUGAACUAAAUUAAAAUCUCAAUUCUGCAAAUAAUUAUUUAUGAAUUUUUAUUCAAUUCCAGAAUGAAGUAUCUGUUCACAAAAAUCCUUUAAGGGAUCAGAUCAUCAUGUUUUAAAAUUUCCAGCAAAUGCCAAAUAAAUGUUGUCAUA